UAAUCUCUCUCUCUCUCUCUUCUUUCAGCUGCUCCCAGUUCGGGUCGCCACAGCGGAUCACGUGGUCCGCAUAUUACAUUUUCAAGAAAGAAAGAUAGUGUUUCAUGAUGUUUUUGAUUUGAAAACUUUCCUUGUUUUUUAUUUUUUAUUUUGGAUUUGUUUUUAAAGUUCCGACAGCGUUCCAUUAGAACAAGAUGACGUGAUGUUCUAUAAGUUCAGACUAUCAGACCAUCGAUAGUUAGAGACAGAGCAAAACAGUGAACAGCGAUUAGCAGCGAUUUUACAACAAUUAGCAGCAAUUAUCAACGUGUUUGAUUCAUUAGCAGCAUUUUAGCUGCACUUUAGUAACGUUUAAACAUUUUACAGUCAUUUACAGUAGCAGAUUUCACCAAUGGCUGCACUGUAUGUUGGAGAUCUGCACCCUGAAGUGACAGAACUGAUGAUUUUUGAGAGAUUCAGACCUGCAGGACCCAUUAAAUCUGUCCACAUCUGCAGGGACAGGAAGAGCGGCUACUCACUCGGCUAUGCCUAUGUUAACUUCUGCUAUCAAUACGACGCUGAGCGAGCGCUGGAAAUGUUCAACUUUGAACUUCUCCUGGAGAAACCCAUGCGUGUGAUGUGGUCUCGCUUUGAACGGACGCUGAACUGGACCAACGGGAGCAACAUCAUCAUCAAGAACUUGGACAAGUCCAUUCAGAGCGUUGACCUGUUUGACACCUUCUCAGUGUUUGGGAAGAUCGUGUCGUGCAAGGUUGUGGAAUCAAAGGGAUACGGCUAUGUCCAGUUUGAGUCACAGGAGGCAGCUGCGUCGGCCAUCAAGCGGCUCAACGGGAUGCUGCUGAACGACCAAUACGUCACCAUUGAGUAUUUUAAGUACCGUGAUGAGCGCAAACCUGAGGCUCGCCCUCAAGACCAGGCCAAUAACCUCUUCAUCAAAAACCUCGAUUACACCAUCGAUGACGAGUGUUUGCGCACGGUGUUCGGAGAGUUUGGGACCAUCAUUAGUGCAAAGGUAACUUACAUCUUAAGACAGACAGACAGACAGACUCGCCCCCAACACCAGGCCAAUAACCUCUUCAUCAAAAACCUCGAUUACACCAUCGAUGACGAGUGUUUGCGCACGGUGUUCGGAGAGUUUGGGACCAUCAUUAGUGCAAAGGUGAUGACGGAGAAUGGACUGUCCAAGGGAUUCGGCUUUGUGAGCUUCACUUCAUCGCAGGAAGCCAUGACUGCCAAGAAAGCACUGAAUGGCAGGAUGUGGGGCAAGAAGCAGGUGUAUGUGGGAGUGGCCCUGCGAAAAGAAGAACGCCAGGCACAGCUUAAAAAUGAAAAGGCUCAGAAAAUGUUGAACCUUCAGAACAAUGUACCACACCCAUCCAUCAUGACAGCUCCUUCUGAGGCCCCAGGCUUUGAGACAGCUUUCUUUGAGGACAUUGUCCCAGGCUUUGAGACAGCUCGCUUUGAGGACAUUGUCCCAGGCUUUGAGACAGCUCCCCUGGUAGACACCUUCCCAGGCUUUGAGACAGCUCCCCUGGUAGACACCUUCCCAGGCUUUGAGACAGCUCCUUCUGAGGACUCCGUCCCAGUCUUUGAGACAGUUACCCCUGAGGACAUCUUCCCAGACUUUAAAACUGCUCCAGCUGUAGAAAGAGCUCCAGCUGAAGCUCCAGCUGCACUGUCAGACACUACUAAAGCCACAGCUGCAGUUGAGGAGUUGUCUACAUCUGUGGCUAAUGUGGAUGCUGUGCAGCUGGAGGACCGCACAAAAGAUGCACCCACAUCUACACCAAGUGGGAAACGCUUGACCAUCUAUAUGCUGGAGUCUGCACCACCAGACGAUCGGAUACAGAUGGCCUAUGACUACAUGCUUCCUCUGGUCAAGAAAAUCCACCCUUCUCUGGCCAGUAAGAUCACAUGGAUGCUAAUAGAGGGAGAGAACAACUUCGAAAUCAUAAAUAUGAUUAGAGUUCCUGAGCUUCUGCGUGCCAGGGUACAUGAAAUGGACUCCCUACUGAAGGCACGAGAAGCUGGUCACAAGCCGGAAACCCUGAAGAUGAUGUACAGACACAAGACCAGCAGAAACAGGAAGAAGAAAAAUAAUAAGAAUAAGAAUAAGAGAAAUAUCUAAUAAAUAAUAAUUGUAAAUAUUCUCCCAUUUGAAUAAAAAAUGAAUAAAUUAA